AUGGAAAAUGUAAUCAAUGACAACUCGAUAGCGUCAGCUAUUUAUGUCCCAUGGGAUGCUAGCUCAAACAGUAGGAAAUUGGCUAACGCUUGGAUUACUUACAAUAACCUGAGUGUGUUCUGGACAUAUGAUGAAAACCCUGUUUUUAUGGGCAACUCUUCUCUUUCUUAUGUGUUCGAUCUGAUGAAAACUCUCCCGCAGUGUGUUAAAAUUGAAUUUUUCAGCAGGUACGAAGAAGAACAACACUACAUCCAAACCAUGUCUGCAAGUUGUCGUCUUCACCAUCUUAAUGCUCAUUGCUUUUUUCUUCUCAUCUUCGUCCAACUUUUUCUUCCAUUUGCUCGUCCAGUAUCUUUUGAUAUAACUAGGUUCGAUACUACAACAAAUAACAUAGCGUACGAAGGUGACGCCCACCCUUCACUUGGAAAUCUAGAACUCAACAUCGUAGAAUAUUUAUGCCGUGUUGGUUGGGCAAUGUACACGGAGCCUAUUCGCAUAUGGGAUUCCUCUACCUUCUCGCUUACAGACUUCACUACCCACUUCUCCUUUACCAUCAACACUAGAAAUGCGAGUAACUACGGCAAUGGAUUUGCAUUUUUUCUUGCUCCUGUGGACUAUCAAAUACCACCCAAUUCAGCCGGUGGGUAUCUUAGGUUAUUGAAUAGCUCCACUGCGACUGGCACCUCCCGAACUCAGAUUAUCACGGUUGAGUUUGACAGCUAUUCUAAUGGAGAUUGGGAUCCACCAACGGAACAUAUUGGGAUCAAUAACAACUCCAUGGCGUCAGCUGUUUAUGUCCCAUGGAAUGCUGGUUCAAACAGUGGGAAAUUGGCGAACGCUUGGAUUACUUACAAUGCCAUUACCAAAAACCUGAGUGUGUUCUGGACAUAUGAUGAAAACCCUAUUUUUAUGGGUAAUUCUUCUCUUUCUUAUGUGAUCGAUCUGAUGAAAACUCUCCCGCAGUGGGUUAAAAUUGGAUUUUCAGCCGAAACAGGCCAGUUGGCAGAGUACAAUACCAUUAAAUCAUGGAAAUUCACCUCGAAUUUGGAAACCAAGCAACCAAAGCCUAGUAAAAAAAAGAGCACAAGAACAUAUGUGAUUGUUCUUGUUCCAGUUUGUGCAGUCGUGUUGUUGCUUGGCCUAUUAACAGUUUGGUUCCUGCUGCAGAAAGGGGGCAUUAAAGGUUGCCUACGGCUGAAAAAUGGAACACAUUUUGAUGGAGGAGGUAUACAGAUAAGAUUUGGGUACCAACAACUAUAUGAAGCUACCAAUGGAUUUGCAGAAAACAAAAGGUUGGGCCAAGGAGGGUCCGCGCAUGUUUAUAAAGGAAAAUUGGAUGAUCAUAGCAUAGUUGCAAUAAAAAGAAUAUUUGCCAAGUCCGAGAGUUUUUUUAUCAACGAACUUAAUGUAAUAAGUCGUUUAAAACAUGAAAACUUGGUAAGGUUAAUCGGUUGGUGUCAUGAAAAAAGCCAAUUGUUACUUGUGUAUCAAUACAUGCCAAACGGCAGCCUUGAGAGCCAUCUUCAUGGCGAAAAACCAACACUCUCUUGGCAUGUAAGGUAUAAAAUAGCUAUAGGCUUGGCAUCAGCUCUUCAGUAUCUUCAUAAAGGUGAAGAGCAGUGUGUUCUCCAUAGAGAUAUCAAAUCAGAUAAUGUGUUGCUAGACCUGGAUUUCACGACUAAGCUCUGUGAUUUCGGAGUUUCGAAACUCGUGGACCGAGGAGAAAGGACUCAAACAACAAUGGUUGUGGGAACACCUGUAUACUUAGCACCGGAAUAUAUGCAAGAACAAAGAGCUCGCAAAGAAACAGACAUGUAUUGCUUUGGGAUUGUAGCCUUGGAAAUUUGCCGUGGGAGAAGGCCUCGAAAUGGUGCAUUGGUAAGGGUGGUGUGGCAGCUAUACCUUGGUGGUAUUGUGGUGGAGGCCGCUGAUGCAAGGUUAGAGAAUUUCGAUGUAAAUGAAAUGAGAUGCUUGUUAACUGUGGGGUUAUGGUGUACAAAUCCUAAUCACAGUGAAAUGCCUACUGCAGAACAAGUUCUUAAUGUUCUUCAGAAUGAAUCUCCAUUGCCGAACCUUCCACCAGAUAUGUAUCCGCCUCCUUUACCUCCCUUGGAAAUCGACACGGUAGGUUCUGUGACACCCCUAAUUUGA